AUGACCGCGCGAUAUUACAUUCAUCAAAAUACAACAAACAUCGAUACAUCUUCAUCAUCCUCUCAGAAACAAAAUGAUAGUAAAUUAAAUCAACAACAGCAGCAGAGACAUGAUAGAGAUAAUAAUAAUAACAAUAAUAAUAGUACAUCAACAACAUCAACAACAACAACAACAGCACCAUCUUCGACAACAUAUGGUAAAAUCAAACCUGGUAUAACAACACCGUCACCUCCACAUCAACAACAUCAACAACAACAACAACAACCUUAUUCACCAUCAUCAAGAUAUCCCAAUAUUGUACCACCAUUGUCUCCAGGUGAAGUUGUAUUAGAAGAGGUCAUACCUGAUGAUAUAGAAGUUAGAGAUGCACUGUUUCCACCACAGACAACAACUGCAUCAUCACCUUUUUCUCCUUUGACACCUAUCAAAUCAACUUCAAAAACACCAAGACGUUGGAGAUUAAUACCUGCUAAUUGUACAUGUGUAGUUCAUGAUGGACAAAAUCAACAACAACAACAACAAUCACCAAGUUAUAUUUGUCAAAAAUGUAGUUCAACCAUGGUCAGUGAUCAAAAGCCACCUAUUUCUACACCUACACAUCCUUAUAGUACAAGUACAUCAACAUCAGGGGCUAGCGGAUCGGCUUCAUUACCUCAUCCACAUCCUUCUACAACAACGACACCAUUACGUAGAUCCAAUUCUGGACAGAAUCUAUUUGGAUCUUCAUCUUUACAUCACAACACACAUAACAUUAUUUAUUCAACACCCGAUGGCUUAAACUAUGUCACCAGAAAUACACCUCCUAAUAUUCCAACGACUCCCAUUUAUUCAACCACCACUGGUGGUUAUUCUUCUACUUCUACAACAAAUAGAAUGACACCAUCUCGUGGUCCAUACAUAUCACCGAGUAAAAGAUCAAUUGUCGAUUAUGUAGUCUAUCCAAGUGGAGAUUACAAUCGAGAGAUGCAAUUACUAAAAUCAGAGGUCAAUAUAUUAGAGGAUGAGUUUGAACAACUCAAACGGUCCAACAGUGACAAGAGCAGAUUGGUCAACGAGAGUAUGAUAUCAAGAGAGCGAGAAGAGGUGCAAUACAAAAAGGUUCAAGUGGAGAAUGAAAUCAGAGAGACGCAGCGACAAUUAAACUUUCAACUGGUCCAACUCAAAGACCAACUCCGAAGGGUCGAGACUGACAAGAGCGAAAUAGAAUCCAAUGCCUAUGACAUCCAAGAAGCCUACGUCCAAGCACAACGAGACAAUGAAAUGUUGGUACGCGAACGAGAAUCACUCUUGCAGCAAAUCCAAGAGUACGAACACGAGUUGGAGAACCGGGCAGUGGAACCAGAGUUUUUUUCAGAACUCGAACAACACGUCGAGACUAUUAAGCAGGCAAUCAAUGCAAAGAUGGAAGCACUCAAUUUGGAGAGCCAACUGAUUACCUCCAAGGAAAAUGAAAGAGAUGCUAUGGAGCAGGCCAAACACUCGAUUGCUCAAGAGGCAACGAGUCAAGCCAAGGCACAUGGCCUCUUGGAGGAUUUGGUACAGUUGCAUCAAAGAAUGCUCGAUUUGGAGGAUGCAUCGGAGAAACGGAUCGAAGAAGUCUACCAACACGUUGAACAACUUGAAAAUGAAAAGCAACGAGCAGAGUCAAAGAUCAAUAUGUUGGGUAUCGAGAUGACAGCCGUCAAAAAAGCAAGAGAUGAAGGUUUGGAAGAGUUGCGUGUGGCACGUGAAGAAAUGUACAAAUCAAACAACCUGUAUGAACAACAACGUAUCGAAGUGCGAAGACUCCAAGACCAGGAAAAGAUUAGAGCAGAGUCGAUCAAGGACAAGGUCAUCAUGACCAAUCAAGAGUUAAAAGAGAUCGAAUCAACUAUUGACCAAUUUGAACAAAAUGAAAAGAUACAUACCGAUCAAAUUGAAGAGUAUGAAAGAAAUCAAUCCGUACUCGUCCAACAAGUCACUCAACUCAAAUUACGUGGUUCACAACUAGACUCGUACAUUAAAGAGAUGCAAGCACGUCACAUCAACGAACAAGAGGAAUCAAAGAGCGAGAUACAACUACUCCAACAGAGAAUCGGACAACUCGAAGGAGAAAACGAUGACAUGAAGGAAAGGUUGAGUAAAGUUCAUAUUGUCAUUGAAAAUUCACCAAGAAAACCUUUAUCAAAAGAAACCAUACAGGCUUUGACACCAAGCAAAUACAAUUCACCAUUCUUUUACACUCAACAAAAUCCUCCAUUGUCGGCUCAAAAAAUACAACCAACAAGUGUAUAUCAAUCAACUUAUAGACCUCCUGUUCCGACAUCGUCAAAGUCAAGUCUCAGUCUUGAUGAUUUGAGAUCUUCUACUUCAAGUAAUCCACCACAUAUUUCAUCUCCUCCUCCUCCACUUAGACAAGAGUUCCAACGUAAAUGGGAUACUGUCUUGUCAAAUUUAAAAAAGAAUCAAAGUCAAUUGAUUCAAGAAGAAAAUCAAAACGAUGAAGAAGAGGUAGAGGAAGAAGAAAUAGUAGAAGAACAACAACAGGAAGAAGAGGAAGAAGAAGAACAAAUAGAGGAAGAGGAAGAAGAGGAAAUGAAUUAUAAUCAAUUUAAUGGUAAAGAUCAUCAAGACCAAGAUGAUGAUGAUGAUAAUGAUAGAUUUAACAAUCAUACUCAAGAUGAUAGCAAUGUUGGUGGUAGUAGUGGUAGCAAUAAUAAUAAUAAUAAUAAUAAUAAUAAUAAUAAUAAUAAUAAUAAUAAUAAUAAUAAUAAUAGUGAAAACAAUACACACCACUCAUCAUCUAAUGGUCAUACUACUACCAGUUCAAAUGAAAACACCAAUAGUUAUUCAUCAACCUACCAAACUCCAUUAAAAGAACCAAGGGAUCUGUUAACGACAACUCCCAUUCAAACUACCUCAUCCUCCUCCUCCUCUCACUAUUCAAAAUAUGCAAAGGAAUCAAUGUCACCUUCCUUUUUUACAAAUCCAGUUGUGGAAGAGGUAAGAGAAGAGGAAUUUACAGACGAGAAUGACAAGUAUAUUUCAAGACAUUGGUCCAAUCCAAAGGAUGAAAGAGAUUUCAAACAAAUCGUAAAUGGAUUACACCAAGACGAUGAUGAUGAUAAUGGUGGAUCGGUAACAUCACCAUCAAAGGUUUGGCGUCCAAACAAUAUCGAUGCCAUCUUGUCGAACCAUCAUCAUUAUACCAAAGAUGACAAAUUAAACUAUCACCUCAAAACGACAAGUAAUGAAUUGGUAACAAGCAAGUUUUUAACAGAAUCUAAUAAUAAUAAACCUUCUUGA